AUGGGUCGCGGCAAGAUCGUGCGGACCCAGCGCGCGAAGUUUCUCCUGCAGGAUUGUCGUGGCAGGCUUGCAGGGCUGCAGGGCAAGGCUAUCAAGGCUGCAGCCACGCGGGGGAGCGCUGCGGUGCCUCUCUUGCUCGCCGCGGGCUCGGCCGUCAGGGCCGCUCGUGCUCGGCAGGACCAAGAGGCAGCCGAUGGCGCUGAGGCCACCGACGCCGCCGAGGACGACCAAGCAAGCGGUCUGGCGGACCCUGAAGUGGAGUACCGUGUCGCGUAUGACGACGGGGGCUAUGGCGACGAGACGGUCCUCAGCCAGGAGAUCAGGUGCCACCAGGAGCUCCUGUUCCACCUGAAGCGGGGGUUCCUUCGGGAGAUCGAGCACCACCUGGAGCUCGAGUACCUUCGGAAGAUCGGGUACCUGCUGGCGAUCAAGUACCACCAGGAGAUCGGGUACCGCACGGAGUUCCUGUACCGCCUGAAGUGGGUGUUCCUUCUGGAGAUCAGGUACCACUUGAAGCUCGGGCACCUGCUGGAGUGCGGAUUCCACAUGCGGUUCGGGUACCGCCAG